AUUUGGUGUUGGACCUUUAGACCUGCAUUGCAAAGGAGUUUGUGUUUCUUUUUGUCAAGAUUGUUGCUUUUUGAAGGGCAUUCUGUGAGGACUUUCUGAGUGUUUGGCAGCCUCUGCGGGUGUGUUUUAUAUCAGACAGCUAUGAGUGGUAAAUACAGUGUGGUGUUACAGGGUCCGGCUCCAUGGGGCUUCAGACUGCAGGGGGGGAAAGACUUCAACAUGCCUCUCUCCAUUUCACGGCUGACGGAUGGAGGAAAGGCUGCUAAAGCGGGAGUGGCUGUGGGAGAUCUGGUCCUGUCCAUCAACGGCAUCAGCACUGACAGCAUGAACCACCUCGAGGCUCAGAAUAAGAUCAAAUCCAGCACAGACAAACUCAACCUCUCCUUACAGAAAGCUUCCAGUCUUCCAAAACCAGAUGUGGCACCAAAGCAGCUGACUCCAGCCACAAAUGGUCCUCCAGCUGUUUCUAAAAAACCUGCAAUGAAUAGAUUUCCUCGUAAACCUAUCACAGAGACCGACAUUGACUUUUACCACGUCCCGACUCACGGUGAUGCCAGCAGGAAACGCAUCAUGGAGGACACAGAGGACUGGUGCCCGCGGACAGGAACUUCACAAUCCCGCUCCUUCCGUAUCCUGGCCCAAAUCACUGGCACUGAAUCUGAAUUAGAUCGCUCACAGGAGUCAGAAUCAGCAAAGAAUAAAACAAAUGAGGAGCAGGAUGAUUCUCAGCCCAGCGCUCAUGUCUGUCCUGUUAAGACCAUGAUCAAAGCCCCGGGAACGCCUGUCAGAAACACAGCAGGUCUCAUCACUCCUACUUUUGGUGUAAUGAGCAACAGUACUCCUUUAGGCCCCGCCUUAGACCGUCCCAUGCCACGCCCACACCCCAAAGACGAAGCCUCAUUGGUCCAGAUGGCAGAACACAUCCCUGCUGGAACACGCACUCCUGUGUGCGCUCACUGCGACUUGAUUAUCAGGGGGCCGUUCCUGAUGGCGAUGGGGAAAUCGUGGCACCCGGAGGAGUUCACGUGCGCUCACUGCUGUGUGUCUCUGAGCGAGCUGGGUUUUGUGGAGGAACAGGGCUCCGUUUACUGCCAGCACUGCUAUGAGGAGUUCUUUGCUCCGACCUGCGCACGCUGCCAGUACAAAAUCCUGGGGGAAGUGAUCAAUGCACUCAAGCAGACCUGGCAUGUGUAUUGUUUCCUGUGUGCAUCCUGCCAGCAUCCGAUAAGAAACAAUACUUUUCACCUCGAGGAUGGAGAGCCGUACUGCGAGAGGGAUUUCUACAGUCUGUUUGGGACUGGCUGCCGUGGUUGUGAUUUCCCGAUAGAAGCAGGAGACAAGUUUCUGGAGGCCCUGGGUGGCACCUGGCAUGACACCUGCUUCGUGUGUGCAGUGUGCAGCGUCAGUCUGGAUGGUCAGACCUUCUUCUCCAAAAAGGACAAACCGCUUUGCAAGAAACACGCUCACAAUCUCAAAAUAUAAAUGCGCCUUUGUAAGUGCAAAAUAUGAAUGCGACUGUUGAAGCAUAAGCAAAAAAACUAAAAUACAUAUUUGAAAGAUAUAAAUGACACAUACUCAAAGUAAAAUCACUUCUGAUUCAGGACGAUCUGUUAGAAGAUGGUUGUGUGUGAACAGCACUUUUGAAACUUGUGUUAGUGUUAUUUUAUUAAAUCAAAGAAGUAUCUUUU